AUGGCUGUCAAUCAGUCGGACCCCUCGUCAACGAGGGUUACUCUCUCACAAUCCGACACGGCCAUUUUAGAGGCCCUGGUUCCGGGGUAUACUUUCAUAUCCCGCAUUUUCCUUUCUUAUCUUCACAUUGAUCUGGCCGCCUAUCUACAAUACUUUAUUGCACUGGCCUUGUUCAGUAUCUGUAUGCGAUAUGUCUCGGAGUACUUGACGCAAUUUUUCGAAACAUACCUCAUCUCCACGGCAGAGGUGCGCCUGGAUGAUGAGAUCUUCAACUACAUCAUGUACUGGUGGUCCCGACAGCCACAUACGAAGCAUACAAAUCGAUUCCUAGCCGGCGUCCGGACGAAUGGCUACUGGAGCGAUGACGAAGAUUCCGACCACGAGGAAUCGGACAGUGAAGAUGACGAGUGGGAGGGUGUUAAUGGCUCCACGACUGCAGAGUCGUUCGAUGACUACUGGAUGAGAGUCAUCAACCGCGACAAGUACAAGAAGCUGCGCUUUACACCUGCGCAGGGCCGUCACUAUUUCUGGUACCAAGGGCGGCUCUUGAUGCUGGACCGCCGGUAUGAGCAGACGACGGCUCGCUGGGUGCUCAACAACGAGAAGCUGUAUCUGUCAUGCUUGGGUCGGGAUCCUUCUAUUCUUCACAAGCUUCUUGCUGAUGCUCAACAAAAAUUUGUCGAGCGCGAUGGUGGUCGAACCAUUAUUUAUCGGGGACAACGAGGUUCCUCUGGAUCUACAUUUAGUUGGAACCGAUGCAUGUCUCGACCACCACGGCCUCUGGAUACAGUUAUCCUGGAUGAUACUCAGAAACAAGGGUUCCUGGGCGAUAUCGAAAACUAUCUCGAGAAAGGGACAGCUGCAUGGUACGCUGAGCAUGGUAUCCCUUACCGGCGUGGCUAUCUACUUUCUGGACCUCCAGGCACGGGCAAGUCCAGUCUUUGCUUCGCCGUGGCAGGAAAGCUCGGACUAAAGAUUUAUCUUCUGAACCUGAGCUCCCGUGCCUUGGAUGAGGACAACCUCUACUCGCUAUUCUCCGAGCUACCCCGACGAUGCAUCCUCCUCGUCGAAGAUGUUGAUACUUCCGAGAUCACCCACAGCAGAGGACCAUCGAUUUUCCCUCAGUCUGCUAACAGCAAAGACGACGACUCGCCACCAAAGCCGGGCGGUAAUUCCUCUCCGGACGAUACUGGCAAGAAAAACUCAAAGGAAAAGGCAGAGCAACCCGGCAUCACGCUCUCAAGCUUACUAAAUGUACUUGACGGCGUGGCUGCCAGUGAAGGCCGUAUCCUCGUCAUGACAACCAACCACCCCGAAAAGCUGGACGAUGCACUUCUGCGCGCAGGCCGCAUUGAUAUGCAGAUUGAGUUCAGGCUAGCAAUCUCCGAGGACAUCGAGAAGCUCUACAAAUCAAUUUACUCUGUCUCGAAAGAAGAACGCACUCGUCAAUCGUCUCGCCGUGAAAAUGGAAGCAGACCGCCAUCGCAGAACGGUAGCGCAAAGAAUGCAAAUGGCUCAAUCGAGAAGAUCGGGAACGGACAUGCAGAGGAGCACAAGCCAAAUAGUGUCCAGGGGCGUCGGCACGAGCUGCAGACUCGCAUUGAGUCUCUUGCUAAAGACUUUGCUUCUCUUGUACCCAGUGGAGAGUUUUCCCCCGCUGAGAUCCAGGGAUAUCUCCUUAAGCACAAGGGUCACCCCGAGAGGGCGAUUCGAGAAGUCGCAGAGUGGGUGAAGGAGGAGAAGGAGAAAAAACGUGCAAAGAAGGAAGCCGAGGCCAAGCUAACGAACAAGAACAAAUCGUAA